CAGCCUCUGAGUGACGUCAGCGACUAAACAACAACAAAAUAAACAGCAGCUGGCAGCGCGCGUGAGGAGCGGGGCUUGCUAUGGCUAAUCAGGGUGGAUGCGACAGCCUGGAUGCUUCAGAGGUGGAGCCGGUGGGAAAGAGCGCCGGUACCGGCGAGACUUCCUCCAGAUCACUUAGCUCAGGUGGAGGAGGAGAGAUGGCGGAGAAAGAGGAAGAGCAGCCUUCGAGAGUCCGACACCCUGCAGACACUUAUCCUCUGUGCCGUAUAUCAAAGCUGAUUAACUGGAAAAGACCAUUAUGGACUUCCGCUUUCUUCGCAACUACAAAUAUAGCGUUUUGGUUUGUGUCCCUUAGUCCCUGUCGGUUGUUCAGCCUCAUCUCCAUGUGUGUGGCUCUCUUUGUGAUGAUUCAGUUGAUGAGAGAUGUGGCUCUUUCCAGAUCCAGAGGAGCCGCUCUAUGGAGGAGUAUGACAAGCAGCUGGGAGGUCAUUGAUUCUGUCCAGGAGGGCAAGUCUGGAUCAGGAUCUCCAUUCACAGACUUCUGGACGAGCCUCAAGCUCUUCAUUGAGGAGACUUCCUCUUUUAAGCAGCAGAAUCCAGGCAAGUUCUGUCUGCUGGUGUGCAGUAUGUGUUCUUUUCUGGCAAUACUUGGACGUUACAUUCCAGGGGUUGUUAUUUCAUACAUCUUAGUGCUGGGCAUUUUUCUCUGGCCUUUGGUGUCGUCACAUGAGUUUGGGAUGUGGUUGGAACCAGUUCUGCAGAAACUGGACUUUGGAGUGGGCGAGUUUCUUCAGAAAAUAAAGGAGAAUCAUGAGAAAAGGAUACUCCAGUCACAAGCCAAGAGAGAGAGCAUUGAAGCAGAUCUGUCUGCACUUUUCCCCAAGAUGGACUCCACCGUGUGCAAAGAGCUGUCUAUAUCCGACACAGAGGUCUCUGAAAUAACAUGGACAGACAAUGGCAUCUUUAACCUUUCAGAGGGACACACACCUCAGACAGAAAACUCUGAAGACUCAGACCGGCGAAGUGACGAGGAAGUCUUCACCGGUGGACUACCGGAGUUUCCCUCCUUGGACAAUGGCUUGGGAACAAAUGGAGAUGACGACGAAGACCUGAGCAUUGGGAUGCCCACCCCUCCAGCCCAUCCCAGCAGGGUCGGGUCCACACAGUCAGAGGAGGAAGCCCAGGCCCUGGAGGUUGUGCAGAGGCUGGCUGGAGACGUAAUCACAGCAGCAGUAACCGCGGCCAUGCAGGAACGUCUGGAGGCAGCUAUAGCGCCUGCGCUGGUCCAGGCCCUGGCUGAGGAAUCAGACAGCGAGGUGGAGGACUUUGAGUUGUUGGACCAAUCAGAGCUGGAACAGCUGGAAGGCGAGUUGGGGCUGGACCGCUCGAGCCAUGCAGAAACGUCUAAACCUAGCAAACCCUCUUCAGGCUUUCUGUCCAAACUACUAGGGCGCCAAUGAUUUUAUUCAGAAGGGUUCCGCUUCCCUCUGUGAUGGGAUGUGGGUGGGAGGAUAAAUGUCGGGUUCACAGGGAAAGGUCCAGAGUAAUGAAGGUAUUUCAUUGUUUUACUUUGCUGGUGUGAUUCAGUUGUUUUGCUAUAAAAACAAAGUCAUCUGUGGAAGGAGGCUAUUAGUGUAUUUCACGGGGAAGGUGAUUGUGGCUGGUUUUGGCGUAGCUCCAUCUCAGUGGGUCAUCGGAGGAAAUUGUUUUCACAAUGUUUCCGGUCAACCUCCAACCCGCCAAUGACCAGAGGGUUAUGGACCAGAGUAAAGUCAUUCGUUUAGCUGUUAAUGGGCUGGUAGAUGCAGGAUACUCCAUAUUUUGCUGCCAAAUAUUUUUUCUCUUUUCAACUUCACAUAAUUACUCAUAAAAUAAAGCUUCAUGGCCAAAGAGUAAGGGCCUCCCACUAACUGACAAUCAGGAUAGCAUUUAUAAGCAAACAGAAACACCUUGUAGAGAAGUACACGUGACAAAUAUGUAUUUUUAUUUGAAAUAUUUUGUUUUCUAAUUUUGUUUUUUGUAUUUUUCAUGAAGGAUUUCUGAAAAGCUGGUGGUCUUAGUGUAAUCCUUUGCAUGGGUAGUCAGGUUUUAGACUUUUUUUCAGUUUGCACCUUCUUUUAGAGUGAACCAACUAGGCACUAGAGCACAUAGGCACCAGAGUUGAACAGAUUAUGAUUUAGAUUCAUAUUCAUAUUCAACAAAUAGUGCUUAAAGGGAUGG